AUGGAGAGGAGUAACCGUACAACAUCUGGUGCGACCAUGGAAUUCCUGCUUCUGGGAUUCUCUGAUUUUCUCCACCUGCAGCCCCUCCUCUUCUUCAUCUUCCUGGGAGUGCACUUGGCCACUCUUGCAGGAAACCCUCUCAUCCUUCUGGCGGUGGCUGCUGAGUCAUCUCGCCCUCCAAUGCUUCUUUUCCUUUUCCAGCUGUCUGCAAUUGAGCUUUGCUACACCCUUGUCAUUGCCCCCAGGACACUGGCUGACCUUGUGAGACCCGGGGAGAACACCAUCUCCAUUGUGGGCUGCGCUACCCAAAUGCAUUUCUUUGUGGCUCUGGGAGGGGCUGAAUGUUUUCUCCUCGCAGCCAUGUCCUACGAUCGCUAUGUGGCCAUCUGCCGGCCUCUGCACUACAUGACAGUGAUGAGCCAGGGUUUCUGCAUUCAGCUUGCCAUCUUCUGCUGCCUUGGUGGCUUUGCAGUCUCACUCCUCACACUCGCUGUCUUCUGUUUGCCUUUCUGCAGUUCCCACUGUAUUGACCAUUUCUUUUGUGAUGUGCCUGCUUUACUCCACCUGGCCUGCACAAAGAGCUACGCCAGCGAGCUCCCACUUCUCGCAGCUUGCAUCAUCCUUCUCCUGCUCCCCUUGCUGCUCAUCCUCCUCUCCUACAUCUGCAUCACAAUGGCUGUGAUGCAGAUCCAUAACUCAGCUGGCCGAGGCAAAGCUUUUUCUACUUGCGCUUCACACCUGACUGUCACGCUCUUACAUUAUGGUUGUGCCACCUUUGUGUAUGUCCGACCAAAGUCUACCUAUUCACCAGGCAAAGACAAGGUGGUCGCUCUUGUGUACAUCAACAUCACUCCCUUGCUUUACCCACUAAUUUACAGCCUCAGGAACAAAGAAAUCAAAGCUGCUGUUAGAAAACUGCUGCAAAAAAGAUUAGCUCAGCUGAACUGGGAGAAAUUUAAGGGCAGGCCAUUUGUGAGCCAUUAG